AAGGUAGAAGAGAGUGAAAGUAAAAGGAAAUCCAAAAGAGAAAAAGAGAGGAAAAAACAAAAGCAAAGUAGUUGCCUCCACCACACCACCAUCACCUAUUGCCUUUAUAAACAAGCCACAUAACUCAUAUGAACUUCCCCCUCCACCUUCUCACACCCUCUUAUUUUCUCAAUUACUCUUCAAUGGGCUUCUACACUGAAGAAUCCAUCUCUGGUUUCACAAUAAGCCAAGCCAUAUACGAAGCUGCUCUAAUCAUAGCAGUUCUUAGAUGGGUCUUAUGCUUAGUUUUCAAAGUAAUCAAACACAGAAGAACAACUUCUAUUCACACCCCCCAACAACACCCAACUUGUCAUAUGUUACCUUUGACCAGCUUUGGUGAUAUCAAAGACAGGCUUCCAGAAACUGAGGAAACAUGUGCUGUUUGUUUGAACAAACUAAAAAUGGAAGAUGACGUUAGAGAAUUGAUGAAUUGUUACCAUGUUUUCCAUAUGGAAUGUAUAGAUAAAUGGUUGGAACAUGGUCAUGAAAAUGAAAAUCAUAACCAAACUUGUCCACUUUGUAGAGCUCCUUUGUUUCUUGAUUCUUGUUCAAUUUCUUCAGAGUUUUCAAGCUGUGUUUCUCCUCCUCAACCUAGUUGGGCUGUUGAGAGAAUUCUUUAUCUCUUUGGUGAUGAUCUAUUACCUUGUUAAUUAAUUACUUUUUAUAAGAUAAUAUAGAUUAGGGAACAUUCAUUAUUUCUUGGAUUUUCAUGCUCUUCAACAUCAUAAAUUUAUGAGAUUAAAAUCCUAUCUUGUUGACUUUGUUGGCUGCUAGAUGCAACAAAAUUAGUAGAUAUCAGAACACAAAAUUUGUAUUUAUGAUUUAUGUAUGUAUGUAUUAUGUGAAUAUAUUUUUCACAUUUCAUCAAAGUAUUACCUCUGAUUAUUCCA